AUGACCACAGUACGCUAUGUCCUUGCUGUUGUCGCCACCAAAAAUUGGGUCAUCCACCAAAUGGAUGUCCAUAAUGCCUUCCUGCACGGUUUCGUUCAGUCACAAACAGACCACUCCCUAUUUACCUUGAUCACUGCAACCAGUCUCACUAUUAUCUUUGUUUACGUUGAUGAUAUCUUGGUUGUUGGCAAUGAUCUUUCUCAGGUUAUCUUCUUCAAGAGUGUUCUUUCCAGCAACUUCAAAACCAAGGAUCUCGGCCCUCUCAAAUAUUUUCUUGGCCUUGAAGUUGCACGAUCUCCCUCUCGCAUUUUUCUUAAUCAACGAAAAUAUGCCCUGGACAUCCUCGCCGACAGUGGCCAGCUUAGUUCUCGUCCUGCACCUUUUCAUAUGGAACAAAAUCUGAAACUCAAUGACACAGAUGGUAACCUUCUUCUUGAUCCCGCUUCUUACCGACGGUUAGUGGGACGCCUCAUUUACCUCACCAUCACCAGACAUGACAUCGUCUUUUCAGUAAACAUUCUUAGCCAAUUCAUGCAUUCGCCUCGGACCCCUCACAUGACAGCUGCAACACAUGUCCUCCGCUACAUUAAAGGGACUCCUGGACAAAGCAUUUUUUUCUCUUUCUCUAAUAAUCUUCAUGUUCGUGCUUACACAAAUUCUGAUUGGGCCAGUUGUCCUACCACUCGAUGCUCUACCACUGGCUUCUUCAUCACACUUGGUUCCAAUCCCAUUUCUUGGCGCACUAAGAAACAAACUACAGUGGCUCGUUGA